AUAUCAAUGCAACAUGCAACAUGCAAAGGUAUAGCAGGUUGAGUGUGUGAGGUUGGAGAGUCAUUUCUUUUUCUCGACUCGACUCGAGGUUUGGUUAAGACUUGUUUGGGCCUUUUUGCCGUAUCCACCUAGUUAGUUAAGACGAGUUAGUUAAGUCGUUUUUCUAGCUGGCUAUUUUCUUCUAUUUUUCCUAAAUUCGCCCGAGAAAUUAUCCAAAACUCGUGAUCAUUCAAUCAAACAAAGAUGGCCGCGUUAUUAGCUCCCAAUGUCCUCCCAAUUUCGAAUCUCUCGUCUUCUUGGGCUAGAUGCGAUUGGUAGGGCAUCGAAUUCUAUCGGAGGCGUAGACCAAAUAUUUUUCCGCAAAAUCUUUAUCCACUUCACUCUGUGACUUGUGAGUAGUCCGGCUCCACUCCGGAUAGGAUUUGAACCCCGGUCCUGCCGUGGAGAAGACCGGUGCCGUUAUCGCCUCGCUAAUUGUUGACAACACGCUAGAGAUCAUCAACUCUCCCGGAUAUUCAUUCCAACCAUUUUCCUCCAACCUCACUAAGCGCGCGCGUGUGUGUGUGUGUGUGUGUGCAGUAGCGGAUAGUUCACGUCCAUUACUCCAACAUGUUGCCCCCCACAUGUACACGGUCCCAUUGCACGGUGAUGGCGGCACAAACUGGUUCGGGUUUUCUCGAUUUUCUUUACGUGGCGGCAGCAGAGAAAAAAAGGCUUUCUUUGGAGGCGCCACCAUACCACCCACCAACCCACCCACCACCGGUUGCGAGUGCAGCGGUGCGUAAUGCAACCCGUACCUGGCGGAGGAGAUCCUUUGGCGCUUACGGUUAGCGUUACGGUGGCUUUGCUGUGGCGUGCUGAUCGUACGCGGCGGUCAGUCGUCUUUCGAAGCGCACCACUGGCGGACGGUGCUUAGCAGUGUAGCGCCAUCUUGUGCCAAGCGGACAUUUUACGGGCGUGUUUGUGUGUGCGUGUGCGGGAUCCGAUAACCCGCGAUAGCCAAAGCAACAUCCAACGUCCUCUCUAUCAAACCCAUCGAAUUUGAAUGUGAUUGCGUGUGUGUGUGUGUGUGUGUGUAGGGGGUGGUGCGUCUCGUCUAUUUGGGCUUUGUUUCGUCCCAAACCAACGCAGACCGUACAGAACCUAGCUCCUGUAGCAUAUUAUCGAUCAACCGAGGUGGUGUCCUGCCAGGCUAGCCGAACGAACCCGGGGCUAGGCUGGACAGGUGUUCCAACGUUCCGGAGCAGUUCCAUUCCACAACCAAUCAAGGUGCGUAAGCACACGCGAAUUCUCACAACGGGAAGUAGAGCUCAACGAGUCGGAAAAAACCAGCAUCCCGUCAUGGUAGAUUGCCGUCGGGUUUGAAGCAACCGAAAAACAGUUCCAGCACCAGAACAGUGCCCAAACAGUAUCACAGACUCCCACAGAAAGCAGCAGCGCACGACGAUGUUGGCCGAGCCGGUCGAGACGAAGCUUCCGGUGAAGGGGGCACACCUGCCGCUGGACGAAAACAACAAUGUGGAGGAGAGGGCCACCGUUACCGAUGCGCUCGUGCCGUUCUACGACGGCAAGCACGUGCUGGUGACGGGCGGGACCGGCUUCCUCGGCAAGGUGCUGAUCGAGAAGCUGCUGCGUGCGUGCGAACGCCUCGGCACCAUCUACAUCCUGCUCCGUCCGAAGCGGGGCCUAACGAGCGAGCAGCGCUACCGGGAGUUUGUCCGCCAUCCGGUGUUCGAACGGAUCCGGGCGAAAACGCCACAGCUGCUGGCGAAGCUGGUGUGCGUGGGCGGUGACAUCUCGCUGCCGCUGCUCGGGCUAAGCGAACCGGACCGUCGGACGCUGGUGGACCGGGUGCAGGUAGUGUUUCACGUUGCCGCGACGGUACGCUUCAAUGAGGCGUUGGCCGAGGCGGCCGUACUGAACACGAUCGGCACGAAGCAACUGCUGGAACUGUGCACCGGGAUGCGUCAGCUACAGAGCGUGGUGCACGUAUCGACCGCCUACAGCAAUGCGUGCCGGCGUGAGGUCGAUGAGGUAGUGUACCCGGCGCCGAUGGAUCCGGAACGCUUCAUCCAGUGUGUGCAGCUGCUGCCGGGUGAGGUGAUCGGGGCCAUCGCCACCCAGCUGCAGGGUGACCAUCCGAACACGUACACCCUCACGAAAGCCAUCACCGAGCAGCUGGUGGCUCAGUACGCGGAACAGCUGCCACUGUGCAUCGUGCGUCCGUCGAUUGUGACCGGUGCGGUCGCGGAACCGUACCCCGGCUGGAUUGAUAACGUGCACGGCAUUACAGGAAUCAUGAUGGAAAUCGGGCGCGGUACCAUCAGCAGCAUCAUGUGUGACGAACGCUGCACCAUGGACGUCAUCCCGGUCGACAUCGUCUGCAACACACUGAUCGCGGCCGCCUGGGAAAACGCGCACACCACGACGACCCCGGUGCGCGUGUACAACUGCACGUCCGGGCAGGUGAACGGCAUCAAGUGGCACGAGUACGGCCGUAUCACGCAGGCCUGCGCCGUCCGCAAUCCCACCAAGCACGUCCUGCUCUAUCCCGGCUUUCGGUUCCGCACGAACCGGCUCGUCCACAAGCUGGUCGAGCUGGCGCUCCACUUUCUGCCCGCGUACCUGUUCGAUGCGCUGCUGCGGGCCCGCGGCGGACAACCGAUCAUGGCGCGGCUAGCCCGCCGCUUCCAGCGCGCAGCCGACACCGGCGAGUUCUUUGCCAUGCACGAGUGGACCUUCCGGAACGACAAUCUGCGCCAGCUGGGCGAACGGGUACGGCGGGACCGGGCCGGCGGCGCCUUUCGCUGCGACGUUACCGGGCUCGAUUGGGCGGCGUACAUCGAGGCGUACAUGCUGGGAAUCCGCCGGUUUGUGCUGAAGGACGACAUGGACAGUCUCGGGCAGGCGCGGGCCAAACUGCGCCGACUGCUCUGGUUCAAGCGUGCCAUCCAGCUGGCCGGCUUACUGCUCGUGUACUAUCUCUGCGCACUGCUCUUCCGUCCGGGUGGUGUUUAGCGAGGACCGGCAGCGGAUUUGCUGAUCAUGGGACGCGCAAACGAUUAUUUUAAAGUCUACCUAAACCGGGGCGGGUGAUUACAUAAGGGGGGGAAAACAUAAAACAGGGGGUAAGGGAUGACAAAAUGCAGAACAGAACAAGGCGGGGGGGGGGAAUGUGGGGAUCGAUAGGAAGCCGUCACCUUUAUUAAUAUACACUGCAGGUGGGCUCUGACCCAUACUUGUACGAGAACGCUAGUACAGCAAUUACAACUUUAACACACACACACACCAUUACACCGUGUGCUUCUGUUGCGUUAAAUUGGUAAAGGCUUUUGAGAAUGUGGGCCAACUAUGAACUAUGUAAGCUACAAUAAUGAUUGCGCCAACAAUUACAUAUAACUA